CUCAAGUAUGUAUUACUUUUAAAUAAUUAUUUUAAACAACUUUGAGAUGACCCUUCUACGCUAAAGCGUCAGUUCAAUAUUUUUUAUACGAUUAUUGAAUUAUUGGUGUCGCAAUUAUACUGAGAAUGGUGUCCUCAAUCAUAAUAGAGAAUGUUCCAAUGCUAUUGAUGGGACUAGUCCUUCCAUUUUAUAUUGCUGCAAAAAUGGAAUCUGAAAAUUAUACUUUGCUAUCAUUUCCAACAAACUGGAGACCAAGGUUGGAUCUGUAUGUCUCUGUUGUAUAUAUCGCAUGGCUACUUUGUCAAUGGAUGUUAUAUCUGGUUAAUGUUGGAGAAGUUAUUCAGGGACCCGUGCUGAAACAAGGAAAGCGACUGAAUUAUCGACUUAAUGGUUUCUUUUCGAUGGUGGUCAAUAUAAUAGGUUUCCUAAUUGCCACUUUAUGUGGGUUUAAAGUUGCUGUUAUAUUUGAGAAGAUAACAGAGCUUGUGACAAUAGCCUGUCUGGUACAGUUUUUAAUUAGUUUUAUACUACUUUUUACACAAAAAACAGAAAACUUGCCUGAAUACAGCAUCAACCCAGUUGCGAAUAGGGGAAACAUACUCGAAGAUUGGCUAGUUGGAAAAUCUAUAAGUCCUCGCAUAGGUUUCUUAGAUUUGAAAUUUGUGUUUGCCCGAACAGGCAUGAGUGCAUUAGCACUUUUGAAUUUUUCCGUCUUGGCUAAGUAUUAUGAGGACAACAAGACGACCAACUACACACUCCUCUUGGCUAUUGCAAUGGUACUUGUAUAUACGGCUGAUAAUCUGUACAAUGAAUCGAAUAUCGUGUACAUCCGAGAGAUGAGUCGAGAUGGGUGUGGCAUUACUUUGCUAGUCUAUUUGAUUGGAAUUCCACUUGAAUAUGGUUUGGUAGUCAGCUAUGUUGGAACAACUAAAUUUGAGCUUCCAUGGUACUGUUUGCUGUGUAUUGCCGUAUUCUUUUUAUUAGGAUACUGGACAUAUAGAAGCAGCAACAACGAGAAAUCUCAGUUCAGAGCAAAUCCAAAUGAUCCAAGAUUCAAAGAUUAUGAAACUAUUACUACUGCAUCUAAAACGAACUUGUUGGUAUCUGGAUGGUGGGGAAUAUCUCGUCACCCUAACUACCUUGGAGAUAUAAUUAUGCAUGUCGCUAUGAGUUUUGCUGCAGGUUUCACUAAUGUACUUCCUCACUUGAACGCAUUCUUGAUUGUAUCAAUGUUGUUGCAGCGAGAACGACUGGACUUUGAGGAAUGUAAAAACAAAUACGGCGAUGAUUGGGAAAGAUACUGCAAGCGUGUCAAAUGGGGAGUUAUCCCUUAUAUCUUUUAAGGAAUGUAACAUUUGAUUGGAGAACAAAAUUUGAUGUAAAUAAACGCAUUGUAAAUAUCAGGAUUAUAAUUUUGACGCAAGACACAAGUUCCGUUUAAAAAGGAAUAAAAAAAAUGGCAUAUGUCAAACAAAGAAUGAAUAUAAAGAGCAUUGAGAACCAUAAA